AUGCUAGCUAUUAAGUUAGGUUUUAAGGUCAUGUUAAGCAGGGGAUGCAUGUGUAGGGGUCCCCGGCGAGUGGGAGAGGAGUUGCAUCUUAGGUUUUCUAGCAUACGGGAUCGAAGGAUUGGAAGGGCUGGAGUACGAAGGAGGGUUAGAGUGACCUAUGGUGUGUUGAGGGUCGGAGAUGCAAGGUCGUCAAGAUUGGUGGAAAGAAAUGAAGAAAAUGGGCGACUAUAG